GUGUCUUGACUCUUGUCUCGAAAUAAGUAUAAUUCACAAAAUCAAAACAUUGUUUUGGGAUUUGUUAAAACAUGGAUUGAAGCAUUUAAGACGAAAACUGAAAAUGAAUGCAGCAAAAAUAACUUUAUGGAUGGUAACAAUUAGUUUCCCCAUUUUUGUAUUAAUUAUAUACCACCUACACCAUUUUUCAUUUACACGGAAUCAUCACGAAUCAAAUAAAAUCUAUCAACAACUUCCAUCAAGCACGAAACGGACUUUCGACACCCCCAUGAGGCACAUAUUACCAUUAGAUGAGAUUUAUAAAGGCAUCCCACUCCAUGAUGAUAUUUCUCUUGAAUUCGAAGAGACUAAGCCAGUCCAAAAUAUGAUUAACACGCCAGGUUGCCGUAUCCCUCUUGCGAUGGUUAAUUAUAAGAAACCUCAGAGGAAGAGGAAAAAAGGUUCGUGCGGAUAUCGUGCAAUUUUCCUAAAAAUGGAAGAUUUAGAUAAAGUGCGCGUAGUAAUAAAGGAGAAAACAAUGAGAAAAUAUCUACGGAGAACCAAAAGUUAUUACUGUUGUUAUAGAUUCUUUCAAAGAUCGACUAGACCCGGCUCCGAACAUAGGGCUCUUCGAUUCUCAAAAUGUAAAAAAGUCCAUGAUAAAGAAAUAAUAGUCCUGGAACAAGAUUUUAUUAAUGUUCAAUGUUUCGAAAAUGGUGCCAACAACCGAUCUCAUCUGAUAUAUGAUGACGUAUACGCAUUCUGUAAAAGAAUUAACAUCAAAAAUGUAACAAGAUGCGGGAAAAAGUACAAUGUAUUACUUCUGGGAAUGGAUUCAAUGUCUCUACCUCGCUUUGUUCAGACAAUGACAAGAACCGCAAUGUUUUUAAAUGACCAAUUUUGGCCAAGCUACAAAGGGUACCAUAAGGUGGGUGACAAUACUUUUCCUAAUUUAAUGGCCGCUUUAACAGGCCAUAACAUGUCCACUAUCGUGAAGGCAUGUUCAAGAAAAAUGGAUGAAUGCAACGAUAAGUUUAUUUGGUCUACUUUUAAAAAAUCAGGUUACGUUACUGCAUACGGUGAAGAUUAUUUAAGACUGCCUGAUAUUUUUAGUAAGGCUUACAUUUUUGGAAAGUUUCCUACGGAUCACUACAUGAGACCGUUUUUCCUAAAAGGGGAGAAGGAAAUAAACAAUCAUUCUUUACUUUGUGCUGGAAAAAUCUCAUCCGGCCAGCAGCUAUUGGACUACGCAAUAAACUUCAUUUUUACCUACAGAGAUGAUCCUUUCUUUGGCUUUUUUUGGAUGAACUCUUUCAGUCACAACAUGAACAACCAUCCAGAAGAUGCCGACAACAUGUUUGAGAGUUUCUUUAACCGUCUCUCCUAUACGGGGGCAUUCGACAAUACCUUCAUUAUAUUUUUAAGUGAUCAUGGUAUUCGGUUCGGUGAAAAUCGUCUUCUAAUAGAAUCGUAUUAUGAUGAUCGUAUGCCAUUACUAUAUAUCUGGCCACCCAGAACAUUUAAAAUAAAUUAUCCUAGUAAAUUGAAAUCAAUAAUAAUCAAUCAAUUCCGAUUAAUCACUCCGUAUGAUCUAUUUGACACGCUCUUUGAAAUAAGUGAAUUAUCUCAAUGCAAUGAAGAAAAAAAACAUGCUUUUGAUUCCAAACAUCAAAGUAUAUUCAGUGUUAUUAGCCCUAAUCGCACUUGUCAGGACGUUGGCAUUCACGAUAAAUGGUGCAGUUGCCACAAUAUGAAUCCCCUUGAUAUUGAAGACACAGAGGGGAUAAGAAGUGUUCACUUUGUAGUAUCACAUAUUCAUUCCGUAAUAAAAACUAUGAAAACCAAACGAUGUUGGGGCUGUGCGCAUCUUUCACUUAAAAAUGUAAGCAGAAUUCAUUUCUACUAUGACAAGGACAAAAUCAAUCUAUAUUUUGUUGUAGCAUUUUCUAUGAAUCCAAAGAAUAUUUUUUAUGAAGCUACCGUGCAACAUAAAGGUACGCAGAUGAAUCUUAUCGGCUCUUCCUAUCUGCUCCAACUUCGGCCCCGGUUUUUGCCAUGCCGGUUGGACUCAGAGAAAGACUGGACAAGAGACUCCGGCUCAAUAGACCCUUCACUAGGGUUCCGCACACAAAAUAGCGUUACCUGGAAAAUGUACUACACAAAACGCUUAAAGUUACUGUUACUUUGUUGGUUGGGUAUAUUAUUAUCACUUUUCUACGUAAUAAGUAUGGUUAACGUCGAUACCAACAAAUCAUUAUUACAAGACGCUUCUCAAGAGAGUUUUACAGAAAAUAUAGAGUAUUAUAACCAAAGUAUUGAAGAAGUUAACAAAAAUUAUUUAAUUUACACCCCUGGAUGUUCUAUACCAAACUAUUCAAAUACAUAUAAAAUAGUAGAAGAUAAAGUUAGCAAGCAGAGUACGUGUGGUACACGAGCAGUAUUUAUUGAAAAAUUAUCUGACGAAGAAAUCGCAUUUAGGAUUGACGUGAAAAUGAAGAGUUACACAAAAGGGAAGAAAUAUUCCUGUUGCUAUCAAUUCGGCUCACCAGCUAUAGUUGAGGGAAAAGAAGACUACAGAAAACAGAGAUAUUCUGACUGUAUAAAUUUUAAAAAUAAUACCAAGGGAGAAUUGAAAACUGAAGUAAUCAGCGUAACUUGUACACUGGAAGCUUCUAAAAAAAGCGUAAUUUACGAAGAUGCAUAUAUAAUACUCAAGAAACUAAACAGAGACGUUACAGAUGAUGAACAAAAAAUUAAAGAACCUUGGAAUGUUUUGAUAUUAGGAUUGGACACCGUGUCAAGAGCGCGAGUUUACAACAGCAUGCCCAAAACUAUUGAAUAUAUGUUGCAAAACGGUUGGUUAGACUACAGGGCAUAUCAAAAGGUGGGUUACAACACAUUUCCCAAUGUGAUUUCCUUAUUAACGGGCAAGAAAAUGUCGACAAUUUACAAAACCUGCUCAUCAGGUAUGGAUCAUUGUGACCAUCUAUUAUUAUGGUCACAAUUUAAAAAAGCUGGAUACAUAACAGCUACUGGAGAAGAUGACCUGAAUCUUCCCGACACAUUUGGUAAAUAUGGAUAUAAGAGUCGACCUACAGAUCAUUAUAUAAGACCACUUUUUCUUACUGGUGAAAAACACCACGGCAACAUUAUGUGUACCAAAAAAAUACCAUCAGCAAAACAUAUCAUAGAUUACGCAUCCAUUUUUACAGAAACUUAUAAAGAAGAUAAUUUUUUUGGAUUUUUUUGGUUAAACUCCUACAGUCAUAAUUUAGACAAUAUACCCACGCUUAUUGAUAAGGAUAUUGUGAACUUUUACUCGAAACUUAAUGAAACGGGCAUUUUACAAAAUACAUUUAUAUAUUUUUUAAGUGACCAUGGUUUAAGAAGUGGUAAACUGAGAGUGCCUUACGAAUCGUAUUAUGACGAACGGCUACCUAUGUUUUUUCUAUGGGUCCCUACAGAGUUUCGAAAUAUCAAAGCACAAGAGUACAACAACUUAAAAAUAAACCAACAUAGACUUAUCACGCCUUACGAUUUAUAUCUUACACUAUACGACACUUUAGAAAUAUCCAAGAACUCCACGGAAUUGUAUUCUGAAGCUUGUCCAAAGUGUAAGAGCAUAUUUAAUAAUAUCAGUGCUAACAGAACAUGUGAAGACGCAGGGGUUGAUGACAGAUGGUGUUCUUGUCAUGAAAUGGUAGACAUCAGCCACAAGGACGAUGACGUGGUUGAAGCUACAAACUUAGCAGUAACUUAUGUACAAAACAAAGUGAGCACAAUAAAGACUACGCACUGUAUGAAAUGUGAAAUGUUAAAAUUAAAAAAGAUUUUACGAAGUCACACAUACCGAGAUGAAAAUCGAAACAAUACUUAUUAUAUUAUUGCUUUAGUUAUGUCUCCAGGCGACGUCGCCUAUGAAGUCUCAUUUGUAAAGCAAGAGAAAUUAACUAUACUACAAGUAAAUACAAUAUCAGUGUAUAAUGUCCACGGAAGAUGUGCUAUUGAACAAAAUGACCGCGCAUACUGCGUGUGUGCUUCUAGUUGUACAAAAAAACAUUAACUAAGCUACUAAUAGUAAUUAAGCAGAUAUUUAUUUAUUAUGUUAUUAAAA